AUGUCCAGACGAUCAGAGCGAGCUUGCAUGUUGUGUGGCAUAGUCCUUCAGUUCAGGGAAUUCAAGGGCAAAGGAUGCCCAAAUUGCGAGUCUGUUUUGAACUACAAGGACAGCGAGGAGUCGUUGGUCCAGGAGUGCACCUCCCCAGCCUUUGAGGGUCUAGUGGCUGUGGGUGAUCCCUCUGGGAGCUGGGUAGCGAAGUGGUUGCGAAUCGAAAACUUUGUUCCUGGGUUAUAUGCUGUAAAGGUAAAUGGGAGAUUGCCUCCUGAUGUUGUCUCGCGUUUGGAGGACAAUGGCUUUCACUACAGACCGAGAGAUGGCAGUGUAACAGACUGA